ACCAAGAGGGUUCACUCACUCACUCACUCACUCAGCGGAGGUUGGAUUACAACAGGGAUCACUGAAAUUUAGAUCUUGCAGGCAGAUACAUUUGCACUCAUCAAGGAGACACGCACACUUUCCCAGAAUCAACAUGGGGAGUAGUAUGUCAUGCGUCCCCCAACACAACUUCAGAUUCUCUAGCAAGAGCUUCAUUCGCAGGAACAGCAGCCGCUUGUUCCGGAAAAAGUACCCACAGGAAGGGCAAGAGAAGUCCAAUAGCAUCAUCAACAUUCUCUGCACCGUCACCCCCAGAAAGGAAAUGUCACUCAAAGAUCUUCAGACAAUCGAGAAUAUAAAAUGGGACCCUCCAUUUCCAUAUGACCCAGUAAGUGGCUGGAAAAAGAGCAGCAUUAAUGUGAAGAACUACGGCAGAAUGAUUCACAGUUCCAAAGUCCGCUUCCGUUUCCUGCACUGCCAGGAUGUGCAUGACUGCUACCUGGACCUGUUCCAAACACACCUUCAUUUUGUCUCCAACAACACAACUGGACUCACAUACCAGGGCACACUUCCACUCAAAGAGCUCACUAUUUGUAAGGUGAAGAACAGGAACAGCUUUGGCGAUCCACAGGAAUUUGCAUUUCAGAUAAACGGGGUCAGCCUGAACCCUAUCAUCGUCUACUGCUCAACAAAGGAGGAGAUAAACAACUGGUUUGGCCUUCUGAAGGAACAAAUUGAGGCCAACGGAGGCAGUGCAAUCGUCCAAGAAACAAACACAAGAAUCAAGGUGCAGUGCUCGGAGGAGACCCCAGUGGGAAAGGAAGAGUUGAGGAACUCCAUCAGUAAAGAGCCCAUAUACGAGUGGGAGGGCUCUGAACGGGAGAGUUUUGGGCCCAUCACAUAUGUCACGAAAGUCAGACUGCAGCACAUGCCCUGUCAGGAGCAGUAUGACCGGCUACUGGUGAUGUACCCCAACUAUCUGAUAAUUUUGUCGGAAGAGAGUGAUGGCCUCUUUUACAAGGGAAAACUUCCUCUCAACAUGAUAACAGUUACAACUCCUUGCCAGGACAUCAAGCCCAACACAUUCAUGAUAGAGGGGAAGUUAAUAAACCCCAUCAUAGUGUCCUGUCUCAACAAGAGUGAGUUCCAUGACUGGAUCCAGUAUUUAAAAAAUGCUGACGUCCCCAUCCUCAGCCCUCCUCCCCCCGUCUAUGACAUCAUUUACACUCCAACACAGAAACAGGCUCCAGAGUUUGACAAGUGGAGUGGUAGUAGUCGUGGAGGUGCUGACCCACUAAAGCAGUCUCAGGACAAACGCAGAUCCCAUGAGCUCCAGGUGCCCAGUGGCGAUGACAACCCUAUUUCCCCUGGUUACACCGAGCCCCUCUGUUUAAUUUCAAGCAGACCCACCUCUUCAGACACGCAGUACUCUGCUCACCUGGGCAGCAGGAGCAGCAGCUUAUCUUCUCAUGCCAGACCCACACCUGCCCACCGACCUGUAUCACUCCACUACUCCUCCCCUCCACAGUCAUCCUGUCUGUCCUCCGAAGGGCCCAUGUCACCUGUCUACAACACACCAUACAGUUCAGUGCACGGCAAUGGCCCUAUUCAACGUAUUGAGAAGGCUCCAUUAGUCAAGUCGAACAGCUGGAGCACAUCACAGUCAUCUGUCAAACACCAGCUCUUAGUUCCUCACCGCCAUUCAGACUUGGUUGCCCACCGCAAACCCCUCUCACCGCUUUACGACGACCCCAGCACCCCCAGUAUGUACCCUCUUGAGGAGAACUCUGCACAUGCAUCGCACUCUUCUCGAGGUUCCAUGGAGCAAUCGUACCCCCCUCUCCUUCCUCCCUCCUUCCGUCUGUGCACUCCUCCACCUGGGCGGAAAAACAGGCACAACCAAGCUGUGGAGCCCCAGAUGGCUAGCAGCCAGUGGUCGGAUGAGCUACGUGCCCAGGCUGUUUCUAGGCUGAAGAUAUUGCCCACACCCAACAGACAGACAGAACACAACCACAUAUCUCAAAGAGGUUUCUCAGGUCACACUGUCAUGAAGACACCACAGAUGUCUUACAGUUACUCAACAGAUGACAACUCUUACCUUCAACCAGUAGAACCAGAUGACCAGGAAAUGGACUAUGAUAACAUUUGGGAGUAUGACCAGGACAAUAGGAUGAUUCAGCCCCUGCCUGGAACUUCAUCACACCGGGCACUGGCUCACUUUGGAGCUCAAGGCCUGGGCGCUAUGACAACACAGCAGAGAUGGUCAUAAAAGAGAACAAUGGGCUUAUGCCCGUCCGGACUUGCACACAUUGCAGACUAAUCAGAGGCACACACACACGCAAUCGCAUGCACACACAAACACAACGGGCAUGCCUUGACUGGGGGCCUGGCAUGCCCAAGAAUAGAUCUCACAGGGGAUAUUCACAGUUGUAUUCAAUGGUUCUAUUUUCUCAUACAAAAUAUUUUGCACAUGUAAUAUAAUUUAAUGUUGAGAUGAUAGUUUCAGACUGCUGUAAUAGAUUUGCUAUUGAUGAUGACGCAUGCAUCUGGUAGAAACAGGUGUAUUAAUGUGAUUGACACAUUUAUGUAAUUUAAAAAUAAGAAAUAAUGGUUUCCAAGAGUUGUCCAUUUUCUAAAGGUAGCAUUUGGGAGUUUUUGGUUAUGUGUCCUUUGUUAGUCCUACUAACUUUUGGAUAUUGUGAGGAUAUGCAUUUACCAAAUGUAAAUACUGUAUAUUAUUUUGUAUUGAAUUUUUAUUUAAAUGUAAAGUUUAGCUAUUAUUAUAAUUAUUCUGUUUUAUUUAUACUUGUUUUAAUAUGGUUUUCCACUGUCUGUUGUAUCAAAAGAAGAACGUUUUGUUCUGUGGUGGUCAAAGCCAUUCCUUUUAAAAGUAAUUUUUGUUCCGUUUUCACAUUAAGACAAACAAGUAGUGAUAAAAUACAGCUGUGAUGAAACUUCAGCAUACCACUGUAAAUAUAAAUAUAUGGUUUAUUUUUCCAAUUUUUUAUUAUUCAAAAAAUAUUUUUUAAAUUAAAAUAUGUAUCCUGAAUGCCUAAACUCUUUGUGUCAUGUCAGGUUGAGUUUUCAACUGUACAUUCUAAUUAGAAUGGCUAAACAGUAACAAAUGCUGUAAAGAAUACUGGACAAUUAAACAACCUUCAACUGAA